UGUUUUUAACGUUGUCACGUAGUGGACAAUAAAUUUAUUAUUUAAAACACGUAUAUGAAUAAUAUCAGUGGAAAAAUAUUUUUUUCUAUAUAUUUUUUAAUUUCAUCCUUUAAUAAUAUCAUAUGUCUUUCAACUAUUAUUUUUUUAUAUAAAUCAAUACAUUUUUUUUGAAUUUUCCUUCGAGUAACAUUCUACUUUAUAAAACUGUUUACAGAAAUAAAACACAAUUAGACAACAGCGCGCGGCGAUGAGUAAUUUAUAGCUGCUCAUCUUGUUAUUGCUUUUGUAUUUUGUACUUCAGUAUGACUGUAUUGCUUGGUCCGCUAUAUUUAACCUUGACUGUCUAUAGAUCACUUUUGAUGUUGAGCAUAGAAUCUCGUUUCUGAUUUAUGAAGUUCAGUUUAAAUUCUGCAAGUGAUUUGAAGGGAAUGAUAAUAUGUGGUUACAAAUAUUAUUUUUCGUGCUACUUCACGGUAAAGUUUCGUGCGAUUGUAUAAAAAAAAUAAACAGAAUAUUUUGUAACGAAACGACGUUUGUAUCCGGCGAUAUUUUUAAUGGAACAUUGGAUAAUAUAAAUUAUAUAGAAAUAAUUAACCGAUCGAGAAAACCUUUAACAAUAACCAAAGAUUCAUUUAAAAAUGGUACAGAUUUAAAAACUAUUUUGAUGAAAGAAAAUAAAAUACGUAAGUUAUACGCUUAUACUUUCAGAGAUCUUCGAAACUUGGAAUCACUUUAUUUGUACCUUAACGAUAUAAGUGACAUGUAUCCUCCGACUUUUGUUAAUUUGUCUUCAUUAAAAACUAUUUUUUUGAAUGAAAAUAAGUUGAGUUUCAUAAGAGAAGGAACGUUUGAAGAUUUACCUAACCUAUCUCAGCUGGAUUUAUCUCAUAACCAAUUAACCGAAUUGGGUGAUAAAGCUUUAAAUAAUUUACCAAAUCUAACGAAACUGAAGUUGAAUAAUAAUAAAAUACGUGCUAUAUUCGUUCAUAAGAUACUCAGCCAUCCCAAGAAAUUGAAAAUACUUUGGCUGCACAAUAACACUUUAACAGUGUUGUCAAACUUCGCGCUAGAAAAUUUGAGUAAUUUAAAAAUUCUCAAUUUGGGAUUCAAUAAUAUUUCGACUAUUGAAGAAGGCACUUUUAAUCAAACGCCUCAAUUGAAUGUAUUAGUUUUGACGCACAAUAAAUUGAAGGAAAUAAGCGGGAACGAAUUUCCGCGAAGAGGAAUGGACUUUUUGGAAACACUCUAUAUAGAUCACAAUUAUUUGAUGUAUCUACAAUCGAAGUUCUUCAUUAGAUUGAGUAGUUUGAAAAGUGUAACUCUGAUGGGGAAUCCUUGGUUUUGUCCUUGUUUGGAAGACAUUUACAAGACUUUACGCGACAAUGAAAUAAAAGAAAAAUGCCAGCAGCGAUACAUGACCGGAGAAAGACCUAUUUGUGUUAAUGAUAAUGUCGAAAAUAAACUGUGCACUUUUCAUUACGACCCUGUAUUGAGUAGAAAAUAUAUAAAUUAUUUUAUACACUUCCCUAUAGUUAUUCCUAUAAGUGAAUGUUUAAUAUAAAGUGAACA